AUGUUUUCAGCUUUGAAUGUUGCAGCUUUGGCUGCCAUGCUCGGUCAUAUCAAUCUCGCUUUGGCCCAGAGCCAAGGUUGGGAUCAAUGUGGCGGUAACGGCUGGACUGGUGCUACAACCUGUGUAUCAGGAUAUACUUGCACACGUUCAAAUUAUAGCGAUUAUUACUCUCAGUGCAUCCCCGGAAAUGUUGUUCCCUCAGCUACAGCGACAAUCGUCACCCCGACGACCUUGAGAACCGAGAUCACAAGUCCAACCAGCGGCGGAAGUAGCAGUAGCAUCAACGACAAAUUUGUUGCUCAUGGAAAGAAAUACUUUGGUCUUGCCACAGAUCAAAACCUUCUUUCAUCUGGAAAGAAUGCGGCUGUCAUCAAAGCAAACUUUGGACAAGUGACACCAGAAAAUAGCAUGAAGUGGGACGCUAUUGAGGGAACACAAAACAAGUUUAACUUCGCUGGUGGCGACUACUUGGUAAACUUCGCUACCGAGAACAAGAAACUUGUUCGCGGCCACACACUCUGCUGGCAUUCUCAACUCCCUAGCUGGGUUAGCUCUAUUUCAAACAAGGACACGCUCACUAAAGUCCUUCAAAAUCAUGUCACCCAAGAGGCGACUCGCUGGAAGGGAAAGAUUUACGCAUGGGAUGUCGUCAAUGAAAUCUUCAAUGAAGAUGGUUCGAUGAGAGACAGCGUGUCUUACAGAGUCCUUGGCGAAACCCUUGAUUCAGAAUCUUAUGCCAAACUCACAAAGGGUAUGGUCGCACACGUCAAAACUUGGAUCGCUCAAGGAAUUCCCAUUGAUGGAAUCGGUUCGCAAACCCAUCUCUCAGCCGGCCAAGGAGCUGCUGCAAAAGGCGCUUUGACUGCACUUGCCGCUUCUGGUGUCAGUGAAGUUGCGAUUACAGAAUUGGAUAUCGCUGGUGCAGCUUCUACUGAUUAUGUCGUCAAUGCAUGCUUGAGUGUCAGCAAGUGUGUUGGUAUUACAGUCUGGGGUCUCCGUGAUACCGACUCAUGGCGUUCAAGCUCCAGCCCAUUGUUGUUCGAUGCCAACUAUUCUCCAAAGCCCGCAUACAACGCGAUCUUGGCAGCAUUGUAGAAAUAUUUCUACCAACGGGAUGGAGGGUAUUGGUACCCCAAAACUAUUCAAUGUAUAUAGUUGAGUUUGAAGGCAGGCCUGUUGCCAACGAGUAUGUUUAUAGUGCUAUUGUUGUUGUUAUUUGUUAUCUUCAAUUCCUCAGUUCGAAAUUUUACAUUACCAUGCACCACCGG